UACAAAUGUGAGAGAUGUAGCGAAGCGGCAAGCCUGCGUGUGGUUUUUAGGGGGGACGUAAACAAAACUCUUAUCCCUCCUCUGUAUGUGGGGGAGGCAGUUCCUCAUGUGUUUAUAGUUUAUUUUCCUCUUGAUUGGACCGCAAUGGAAGCGAUUCGGACCCCUAAAGUUGAAAAUGUCCGCAUGCUGGAUCGAUUCAACAACCGUAAAUCUUCAACCGGGUCCCUUUAUCUGACUACCACUCAUCUAAUUUUUUUCGACCCAGAUCGCAAAAAAGAAACAUGGAUCCUUCACAUGCACAUUGCGUCGAUAGCAAAGCUUCCCAUUUCGGCAAACGGCACGCCGCUUCAAAUUAGGUGCAAGAACUUCCUCUGUGUAACCUUUUUAAUUCCUAAGGAGAGGGACUGCCAUGACAUCUUUAUCUCUCUGCAGCAACUGUCCCAGCCCCUACACAUCAACGACCUGUACUGCUUCCAUUAUACCGCAUCAAAUGAAGACCUCACAAAGGCAAUGGGCUGGAGCAAGUUCGACUUCCAAGCGGAGUAUGUUCGAAUGGGUGUGCCAAACACCUAUUGGUCGGCUACAAAUAUCAAUCAAGAGUAUGAGAUUUGUGAUACAUACCCUAGGCACCUAUAUGUCCCCUCCGUGGCCAGUACUGCAAUACUCGUGGGCAGUAGUCAGUUCCGCAGUAAAGGGAGGUUGCCCGUUCUCUCCUACCUGAAUAAAAACAUGGCAGCAAUAUGCCGAUGCAGUCAGCCACUCUCAGGAUUCUCAGCACGAUGUGUUGAAGACGAGCAACUUUUGAAUUGUAUCCUGAAAUCAAAUCCUACCUCCAAAUUUAUGUAUGUGGUGGACACACGGCCUCGGAUCAAUGCAAUGGCUAACAAGGCUGCUGGAAAAGGCUACGAGAAUGAGAACUUCUAUGAGAACAUCAAGUUUCAGUUCUUUGGCAUAGAAAACAUUCAUGUAAUGCGCAAUAGCCUGCAGAAGCUCAUCGACACGUGCGAAGCAAGUGAACCCUCAAUGGGGGCCUUUCUGGGAGGACUGGAGGCAAGCGGGUGGCUGCGACACGUCCGAGCCAUUCUGGAGACCGCGCACUUUGUGGCCCGAGCAGUGGAAGACGGCGUGAGCGUGUUGGUGCAUUGCUCGGAUGGCUGGGACCGCACAGCGCAGACAUGCUCCCUGGCAAGCCUCCUGCUGGAUCCUUACUAUCGCACCAUCAUGGGUUUUCAGGCUUUGAUUGAGAAAGACUGGCUGGCCUUUGGGCACAAGUUCAUGGACCGAUGUGGCCUGGUUCAGGGCGACCAACGCGAAGUGGCACCCGUGUUCACCCAGUUUGUGGACGCCGUCUGGCAGCUGAUGCACCAGUUUCCCUCCUCGUUCCAGUUCAACGAACGUUUCCUGCUCACCAUCCAUGACCACGUCUACUCGUGCCAGUUUGGCACUUUCGUCGGGAACUGCGAGAAGGAUCGCCUUGACUUGAGGCUGAGCUCCAGGACCUACUCACUGUGGGCCUAUUUGGGCAACCACAUCUCGGAGUACAUCAACCCCCUGUACAGGACAGACAGGAGAGGAGCUGACACCCUGCACCCAUCACUGGCUCCACAGGCCAUCAGGUUCUGGAGGGGUAUGUACAACCGAUUUGAGAAUGGAGUCCAUCCACGUGAACCCCUGAGUGAUAUCCUGGCCGCUACAAAAGAUCAUAUCCUCAGCCUGGAAGACCACAUCCAACACCUCGUCAAGCGCAUAGCGCAGCUGCGAGAGCUGCUGCACCACGCGGACACCCCGAGCAAGGACCUGGAUUCUGUGCUGGGGGAGUCGCUGACCGGGGACGAGCUGGACUCCCAGCCGGCCUCUUCAGAAGGGGCCGUCAGCGUGCGUGACUCGGGGUUUGGAGAUGCGGACUACAACGAAUGCAAGGAGCUUCGACAGAAGCUGCAUCAACACAAGCUGGGGGACAGUUUUGGUUCCACAGUGCUUCAGAAGUUAAUGGAAGAGUUUGACUCAGUUGCUGUGGACUGGAAGUCGUUUAGGAACAUCAAGGAAUGUCCCUGCUCCACACCGUUUGACCACUUCAGGAGAAAGUUCCACUGCUGGAGCUGCGGAGACGUGUUCUGCAUUCGUUGCAUAGACAAGAGGUUGUGUCUACCCGGGCACAUGACCAAGCGACCUGUACCGGUUUGCCGACACUGUUACAAAGAACUGACGCACACCAAUUCGAUAGAUUCUUAAAUCAGCUGGGACAGGUGCCUCCUCCUCCCAUUCACCCAUCCUUCACUUUCUACCCCUUCGUACAGCAAGGAUCCAUCGAGUCGAACGUGUCGCGUCCUCGCGAAAACGUCAUCACAACAUUCUUUUUGUAUGUUCGGGAAAUGUGGUAGAGACAGAAAAAAAGCACUUAUGUUGCUACCGUUGCACACGAUGUGAGGUCCGCAGCUGCGCUGUCCAGAUCGGGAACAGUUAGUAGUACCAUUGCGUUGAUAUCUUUCAUUAGCCUAGGAAUCGUUAGGUCCAAGCCCAAGACGAGGACGUGACAGGCUUCACUCGUCUCAUGACUACUAUCAGGUCGUAGGCCAUAGCUAUGCAAGAAAAAAAUAUGCUUAAGGAAGGGAUUUUCGUCGUAGACAUGGCUGCUGCUGUUUCGAGACCUCCAAGACCAGUUUUUGCUGCUUGCUUUUAAUGCCUGUUGCGACGGCUGUGAUACCAGCCUUCCCAGACAGAUCUGCAUUUUCUUUUUUUCUUUUUUCAUUGUUCUCGCAUCAAGUGAGGAAGCUACUGAGUUGCAUAAUGUUUUGUAUAAUGCAAUGUGACGGGGCUGUUCCCUACAGGAAUGAGCACUCUUUUUAAAAUGGCGCUUGCAUCACCGUUGGCCAGUAGCUGCCUUAGAGCAUGUUCUCACUUGGCUACAACUUCUUCUUCGAUUUUGGUAACCAUGCACAUAGUGAGUGUAAAUUUUAAACUCUCCAUUUUUUUUUAGUUCUAGUCAUUUGUUAUGGUAUGGUAUACGUUCAUGAAAACUGCUGUUUUUGUUAGUUUUUUUUUUUUUCUGCUUGCUAAUCUGUAUGCUCUCGAAAUCUGCCACAUCGAGAAACUGUUUGAUGAGUUCACAAUGAUGUUACACAAUCCAACAGAUUGGCUCGAAUUGCCAGCCUGGCAGAACUGGCCCAGACCAGCACUCCCGCGCUAGUUGUCAGGCCGUAGGUGUGACCGUAAUAGAGUACAUUUAGUUUAGUCUGAUUUUCUGGCACUCCUAUCUUCCAAUGGGUACACGGCAGGCAUUAUUUUAACUCGUUAGAGCAGGGUCUUCUCGUCGUACUUCCUUUCGAUGUCAUCGCACUCUAACAUUCCAGUUGUUGACCCUUGCAGAGAGUAGAGGCGUCUUGUGCUUUGCUUCGCCGUUAAACAGAAAAAAAAGAAAACUUGAGCCCUUUUAUCGCGUAGCCCUUUUAUAACCUUCCCUCACAUCCCUGUGAGAGGUGUUUUUUGCACAUCAUGUCAACACUCUCGUGUGGUUGUGCGCAAGUUUACCGUAUACUCUAUACAUAUAUACUAUUACGAACGUUGUGUGCGUGUUGACACGUGUUGUCUUGCGGAGAAACCCAUUCUUCUGUGCCUAGCACUUGCACCAACACAAUCAUGGCAUUGUGGAAGUCGUGUUAUCGUCUUGGAUCGGAGCUUGUUGUGCUUUUAACGACUCCCUUACGUUUCUGCGGCCUUUUCUUUUUUUCUGUGCUUAGUCUUUGACACACUAUCGACGCUUUUUAUAGAGUGUGUAACUAUUCUUUAAUAACCGUCUUUACCACCUUUCCGAGAGGCUUUCUUUUUUUCUUCUUUGUACCAGAUAGCAGCUUUACUUGUCAACAAAAUCAAGGCCCACUAUCUAUGCUUACAUUGCUUUGUUUAGCUGUACAGAUUUUAUAACCUGUUAUAAUUUUAUCUUUUUUUUCUUCCUUGCUCUGUUUUUUGCUUUAUUCUUUGAUGUAAUACAAUUCACUGGUAUUUGCCAUUUUCAGUGCCACUUUAACAAAAUGCUGCUAAGUUUUUGCAAUGACUCUUGUUGUAAUGUUUUAAUCUCGAAAAGUUGUAAUCAAAGCUAAAUGGCACAUGAAUAAAUUUGGUUUGCAGAUGUG